UAUCAUCUUUUCAUUCAAAACUUUAAACCCUUGAAAGCCGCUCCAUUUGCCAUCAUUUUGGAAAUGCCGGCACUGGUAACUGCCAACCGGCUGAACGGAACUCAGGGUAAGAAAAUGCUUAUCAACUUUCUGCCACAGCUUCGUCCUCUCAGUCCUUCUCUGCCGGUCACCCGUUUCCGCUCAAUGAAAACCGCAGCCUCCAUUCGGGCUAACGGGUCUAUCCAUGGUCUAAAUCGGGUUUUCCCUUUUAAACUCAAGUUCUUUGGCUUAUCACCGGGCUUUAAUGGACGACUCAGUGGGCGUAACCUCUCCACCAGGCCGUUUCGACCUAGGCCAGGGGCAAGUUCCGAGUUCACUCCUAAAAACAGAGGAGAUGUCCGUGCCUCCAAGAGCCUGAUCGAGGACGAGGCCGAACUCAGCGACUGGGUCGGCGAGUUGAGAACCGACUCGUUCCGUGGCCGACUUACUAGCGAAGACGAGGAAUUAGAUGCGGAUAGAGCACGCAACAGAAUUAGGAGUAGAGAUAGAGAGAGAAAUAGGGGUUCCAUGAAGAGAAGAAGAGAGAGUGAGUCGAACUGGAAGGGAACUCGGGGCCACUCGGACAAUUCGUUUUCGAGGAAUUCCCGGUUCAGUAAACUGUUUGAUAGUGAAUUAGAAGACGAAGAUAACGAUGACGUCGAGGAGGAGAAGGAAUUGUACCCAAGUAGAAAAACCCAGGUCUUGAAAAGAGAGAAUAAAAAUGUGGAUUCAUGGAAAGGAAAGAGAAAUGAGAGGGGCUUGGGUUCGGGUUUGGGCUCAAGAAAUAUGGGGAACGGAAGGAGAAAGAGUUUGGGAAGAAAAUCAAACCUUGGACGAGAGGAAGAUGAUGAUGCUAAUGAUUUUGAAGAGGAAAGAGGGAGGAAAAUGAGAGGAAUUAGGAAUUUUCUUAGUGAGGAAGAUAGUGACUUUAAUGAUGUUGAAGAAGAAGAUGAUGAUGAUGAUGGAGAUUUUAGGAAGAACGCGAGUUCCGCCCUGGGAUUGGAGAAAGAUUUUAGCCAAACAGGGAGUCCAAGAAGUUCACCAGGGAAAUCUGAGUCUUAUUUAAGUGAUACAAGAUUUGAUCAAUUAUCACUGUCUCCCUUGUCACUAAAGGGAAUCAAGGAUGCUGGCUAUGAGAAGAUGACUGUAGUACAGGAGGCAACUCUUCCAGCAAUACUGAAAGGCAAGGAUGUAUUGGCCAAGGCCAAAACGGGAACGGGAAAGACGGUAGCAUUUUUGCUUCCAUCAAUUGAAAUUGUUUUGAAAUUGCCUCCUACUGACCGUGAUGUUAAACGACCACCAAUUCAUGUUCUUAUAAUAUGCCCAACUCGAGAACUUGCCAUUCAAGCUGCUUCAGAAGGUAAAACUUUGCUGAAGUAUCAUCCCUCUCUUGGCAUUCAAGUUGUCAUCGGAGGUACAAGACUUGCUUUAGAGCAAAAACACCUGCAAGCAAACCCAUGCCAGAUUCUUGUUGCUACUCCUGGAAGGAUCAGAGACCAUAUUGAGAAUACUGCAGGAUUUGCAACAAGGCUGGUAGGUGUGAAGGUCCUUGUCCUCGAUGAAGCAGAUCGUUUGUUAGACAUGGGUUUUCGUAAAGACAUCGAAAGGAUAAUUGCUGCUGUUCCAAAACAACGACAGACACUUUUAUUUUCUGCAACAGUUCCUAAAGAGGUCCACCAAAUCUGCCACAUUGCAUUGAGAAGAGAUUAUGAAUUUAUCAACACAGUUCAAGAAGGCACUGAGGAGACACAUUCACAGGUCAGACAAAUGCACAUGGUUGCUCCACUAGACAAGCAUUUUUCCCUGCUGUAUGGUGUUCUGAAAGAACAUAUUGCAGAUAAUGUUGACUACAAGGUUCUCGUAUUCUGCACUACUGCUAUGGUAACAAGGUUGGUAGCUAACAUUCUUCGUGAGCUGAACCUGAAUGUGAGAGAGAUCCAUUCAAGAAAGUCACAGAGUUAUAGAACAAAGGUAUCCGAUGAAUUCCGAAAGUCAAAAGGUCUUAUUCUUGUGACAUCUGAUGUGUCUGCUCGUGGGGUUGAUUAUCCUGAUGUUACACUUGUCAUACAGGUGGGCUUGCCAUCUGACAGACAACAGUACAUACAUCGGCUAGGUAGAACCGGCCGAAAGGGUAAAGAAGGGCAAGGAUUACUCCUGCUGGCACCAUGGGAGGAAUUCUUUAUAUCUAGCAUCAAGGAUUUGCCAAUAACAAAGACUCCCUUGCCUUCAGUGGAUCCAGACACAAAGAAAAAGGUGGAGCGGGCACUUUCUAACGUAGAGAUGGGGAUCAAAGAAUCAGCUUAUCAGGCAUGGCUUGGUUAUUACAAUUCUGAUAAGAACGUAGGCAGGGAUAAGUACAGACUUGUGGAGCUUGCUAAUGAGUUCAGCAGAAGCAUGGGUCUGGACAACCCUCCUGCAAUUCCUAAGCUCGUCCUCUCGAAGAUGGGUCUAAGGAAUACUCCUGGUCUGCGUGCCAAAUAGACAUGGAGCUCAACCAGUGAUUCAAUCAUCCCAAUUAUCACAUCACUUGUGAAUAUAUCUCUACAAGACUAAGAAAAUUCCAUUUUCAUUUCACCGGAUAUUAAGUGAUUGUUAUUCUUUUUGGUACAAAACAAUACCAAAAAAAGUCUUAAUAUGAGAACGAAAGACAUAUAUUGGGAUUUGAAUCGUGGACAUGUUAAAUUUUAUCUUUUAAAAUUAAUUUUAUGAAUUGAGUUAAAUUUGAAAUUCAUUAAGUAAUUGCUGUUGUUAUCUUCGUAUUUUCGUUUAUUAGUGAUUUAUUUAGAUUGAUGUAUUUCCAUUAGUUUGCUUUAGAGGUAUAAAUAAAUCAAAAAUAAAUGAACAUGGUUAAUUUA